GGGCCGAACUGGAGAGGAAACGUAAUCCUAAAGCAAGUCAUUGGCUCGACAAUGGCAAAGCGUGCAUUUUCUAUUCUAGUGUCUUUUUUAUUACUUGUUUGUGUGUGGGCAGAAAACAUUAAGGUUGGGAGAGUAAACCUUGCAUCAUUCAAAUGGAAAGAUGCAAAGGAUAACAAGAACUGCUCUGCGCUUGAAUUGGGAAAAUCAAGUUCGACUGUGAUGCACAUUCAGGGCAAGUGUUCUCCUUACCGCUUACCCAAUUCAACAUGGUGGAGGGCAAUAUCCGAGUCAAUCAAAGGCGACAACCAGCGCUACAGAGCAAUGAUGAAAGGGGGAUGGAGCGUCGGCAAGAGUACCGUUAAUCCCCAAGAGGACGCGGACCUUCCUUUGGCCUCGGGACAGGCCAUCAACACGGGAAACUACAUUAUCAAGCUCGGUUUCGGCACGCCUGUGCAGAUCUCUUACAGUGUCCUGGGUACCGGCAACAUCAUCGCCUGGAUUCACUGCAACCCCUGCUCCAGUUGCUCAAGUGGGCUUCAAUUGUUCAAGCCAUCCAAGUCAUCUACGUAUAAAUACUUCACUUGCGCUUCUCAGGAGUGUCAGUCUCUAGGCUUGUGUGAGAAUAAUAGCAACGAUGUCAACUGUAGCUUUGGUCAGAUCUACGGCGACCAAUCAGAGGUGGACGAGCUCUUGUCAUCUGAGACGCUCUCUGUGGGCUCUCCGCCGGUGGAGGAUUUUGUCUUCGGAUGUGCGAACGCAGUGAGCGGACUCAUCCAGCGCUUAUUGGUGCCCGGUUUGGUUGGGUUUGGGAGGGAUCCUCUCUCCUUCGUUUCUCAGACGGACACAUUAUAUGACAGUACGCUCUCUUAUUGCCUUCCUUCCCUCUUCUCCUCUGCUUUCACGGGGUCUCUCCUGCUGGGGAAAGGGGCUCUUUCUGCUACGGGCUUGCAGUUCACGCCCCUCUUGUCCAACGCUAGGUACCCUUACUUCUAUUAUGUGGGGUUAAAUGGAAUCUCUGUGGGUGAAGAGCUUGUUUCAAUGCCAGAGGGGACGUUCACAUUGGAUCAGGCGACAGGAAGAGGGAGUAUCAUAGACUCGGGAACAGUCAUCACUCGGUUGGUGGAGCCCGCUUACAAUGCCAUGCGAGAUUCCUUCCGCCGUCAGCUCUCUAAUCUGACUUUGGCUAGUCCCUCAUCGCCUUUUGAUACGUGCUACAACAAACCGUCAGGCAAGGUGGAGUUUCCUCUCAUCACAUUGCAUUUUGACGAUAGCCUGGACUUCACUCCACCCCUGGAUAACAUUUUAUACCCUGGGAAUGAGGACGGCUCUGUGUUAUGCCUUGCUUUCUCUCUUCCUCCGGGCGGGGGAGACGCUGUAUCAGCAGCAAAAUUUUCGAAUUGUGCACGAUGUCACGGGGUCUAGACUUGGAAUUGCUCGCAAGAACUGCGAUGGUUAGUAGUUUGUUCAUCGUAUUAUCACCUAAAAUACCUUAACCAACAUCCACUCUGCUUCACUAUAAUACCCGAAUAAUGUUGUAAGAUACUGUUGUAAUAAGGACAGUCGCAUUUUCCUCCAUUCAUAACUAGCAUCAAAUUUAUCUAAGAGGUGCAUUCGAUGGCUAUAGUUAGAGGAGGGGUCAGGUUUCAAUUAUUCUGAUAGAAUUUGUGGUUAUUAUAAUAUCUGA